GCUACGGUUUGUGAGAAAGACUUGGACGGGAAGAGGAGAGAGUAGACGUGAGGGAUCGAUUAAAAGACUGGUUCGUAAGGUGGCACAGAGCCUUUGAAGACCGACACCGUCCACAAAACCCGUUCUAUUCUGCUGGAUUUGGAAACGUUUCUGUAACGGUCACCGUUUAUUUGAUCCGAUACAGGAUGUCUGGACAGAGCAUUACAGACAGGAUAACCGCUGCUCAGCACAGUGUCACCGGCUCGGCGAUUUCCAAAACUGUGUGCAAGGCGACCACGCAUGAAAUAAUGGGGCCAAAAAAGAAACAUUUGGAUUAUUUGAUUCAGUGCACAAAUGAGAUGAAUGUGAACAUCCCUCAGCUGGCUGACACACUGUUUGAGAGGACCGCCAACACCAGCUGGGUGGUUGUCUUCAAGUCCCUCACCACCACGCACCAUCUGAUGGUCUACGGCAAUGAGAGAUUUAUACAAUAUCUGGCUUCAAGGAACACACUAUUCAACCUCAGCAAUUUUUUGGACAAAAGUGGCUUACAAGGUUAUGAUAUGUCAACAUUCAUAAGAAGGUAUAGCCGCUACCUGAAUGAGAAGGCUGUGUCCUACAGACAAGUCGCUUUUGACUUCACUAAAGUGAAAAGAGGAUCUGAUGGAGUGAUGAGAACCAUGAACACAGAGAAACUCCUCAAGACCAUCCCCAUCAUCCAAAAUCAGAUGGAUGUGUUACUCGAUUUCAAUGUCAAUGCCAAUGAACUGACCAAUGGUGUGAUCAAUGCAGCCUUCAUGCUUCUGUUCAAAGAUGCGAUCCGACUGUUUGCUGCUUACAAUGAGGGCAUAAUCAACCUCCUGGAGAAAUACUUCGACAUGAAAAAAGUCCAGUGCAAAGAAGGACUUGAUAUCUACAAGAAAUUCCUGACACGAAUGACAAGAAUCUCAGAGUUCCUCAAAGUUGCAGAGCAAGUGGGAAUUGAUCGAGGGGACAUCCCAGAUCUGUCCCAGGCCCCCAGCAGCCUGCUGGAUGCCCUGGAGCAGCACUUGGCCUCUUUAGAGGGAAAGAAAGUCAAAGACUCAACAGCAGCCAGCAGGGCCAGCACCCUCUCCAAUGCCGUCUCCUCCCUGGCCAACACCGGCAUAUCUUUCACCAAAGUGGACGAGAGGGAAAAACAGGCAGCCCUGGAAGAAGAGCAGGCUCGCCUAAAAGCACUUAAAGAGCAGCGUCUGAAAGAGCUCCAGAAGAAUCCUGGUACAGCGACCACAGACUCCUCCCCUGUCUCCACAGCAGGCGGGACCAUCAACUCAGCCCCUGCUAUUGACCUCUUCUCCACCCCCAGCUCCACCAACAGCAACUCCAAGGCAGCCAACGACCUGCUGGACCUGCAGCCGGCUUUCCAGCAGCCGCUGUCUGUCUCCACCAGCAGCACAUGGGGAGAUCCUUUCACCUCUGCUGCAGAAGCUGUGGAGGAUUCCCUUCCAAUCUCAAACCCUUUCCUCACACUUCCUGUUGUCGAUGCUGUCCACCUGUCCACGUCGUCCUCGGACGCUGGCAACCUGUCCUCUAGGACACCCAGCCAUGAAGUGUUCGAUCAUUACAAUCCCUUUUUUGACUCGAGCUCCUCCCUGGCGUCUGAUCUCAAUACUGCUGCACAGAUAGAGACAUUUAUCACAGACUCCUUCUGUGGGCCAAGCCCUUACACCACCACUCCUCUCUUCCAAUCUGAGCCCCCUGCCAUAGCUGGUCUAUUCAGAGGGUUUGCAGCCUCCCCAACACCCCAGCAGCCCCAGAACUCUCGAGGCCUUAACGUUGACUUUGACUCAGUAUUUGGCAACAACACCAACGCCAACAACCUGGAUUCAACAGAUGUUUUAGGUGGCAUCCUCAAACCCACAGUGGCGUCCUCACCCAAUCAGGUCAUGGCCUCAAAUGGCCAACAGCUCAACAAACUGGUCUCCAACGACCUGGACUCCUCACUGGCCAAUCUCGUCGGAAAUCUGGGAAUUGGCAACGGCACAGCAAAGAAUGAUCUUCACUGGAGUCAGCCAGGUGAAAAGAAGCUGACAGGUGGAACCAACUGGCAACCUAAAAUGGCUCCUUCUACCACCUGGAACCCAGCAACCAUGGCUCCAUCUGUCAUGGCCUUCCCUGCAACCACACCGACGGGCAUGAUGGCAUAUGCAAUGCCUCCUCACAUGGGCUCCAUGAUGGUGACACAGCCAACUAUGAUGUACACCCAGCCUGUGAUGAGGCCAGCCAACCCCUUUGGCGCCAAUCCAGGUGCACAGAUGCAGUUCAUGUAACCUGAGAGGAGGCGAGUCUUUCCAGUUUGAAGACGACAAAGUCAACUGUCCAAGCAAACCUGCCGUUUGCCUCUAAUGAACUCACCUCUCUCUGAGAAUGAAAGGCCCAAAUAAGACUUGUUGAAUAAAAUCACAGUGACUGGGAGCCGCUCUGGCCAUCUCAGAGAGGCAUCACAGUGGACGUUGUGCCCGUCUAGUCAUGUCUAAGUCAUUGAAGGAGAAGAAGACUGUGUUCUGCCAUUCAAAACCACGUGGACAGAGAUCAGCCUGGACUAAGAGAAACACAGCACUCAAAGGGAGAGCUUCUGGCAUCACUGUUCAUGUACCUGGGUUGUUGUCCCGCUGUUUGAGUUGUCUUUUUUGCUCCUCUUUCUCCAGGUGAGGCUGCGAGAGUCACUUCUUUUGAUUAUCAAUCAUGAUUACCUUCUGGAAGCAUCCCCAGACUAGGAUAAUAAUUGCAAACUCCUCUUCAUACCACACAUCUUUGUUUUCUUUCUUUUGUAUGUAUUGUUUGCAGUAGACAUUCCUUGUGUAUUGUUUGUAUUUAUUUAUGAUUACCUACAGAGAGGAUGACAUUAAAAAAAAAAAAGUAAGUGUAACUAGUCACUGACCUCCUCCUUGUGGAAGGUCUUCAGGUUUAUACAUAGGUAAGAUUGAUUGUAGAAUUGGAUUUUGAGUGAUUGAGAUGAUUUUUUUAAAAAAUAGUUAAUAUAAAGAGAUGACACGUUUUUGCUGUUGGGGCACUAAAUAUCCUCAGUACUCGGAUGAUGCCUUGUACAGUUGUCUGUGACUCGAGGGGUCACACUGCGACAAUGUGUAUGAACGUAAUAAUCCAUUAACGCCGUCAAAUUGGUGGGGUUGAUUUUUCUGAAUUUGGCUUGGGAACAUUUUUCACAUCAGCAAAAGCACUACAUUUUGUGAUUGAGGCAGCCUUGUAUUGGAAAGGAAUCUGCAUUUAUGCUUAUGACGCUUUUGGCAUGCCAUUUAUUCUUACAUUUAACAAAGCUGCUGGCUGCCCUUUUCCAACCUGAAUGUGCAGGGUCCCUUUCAUGCUCAGAUCAUGUUUCCAUAGGUGAGCACAGGGGCGUUUGGACAAUGUGGGGGCACGGGGAGGCACCGGGUGUAGGUUCAGGUCAGACUAGUAACAGAUGGGUGGGGGUGGGGGUGGGGACGGGGUGGGAGUAGUCUAGUUGUGCAGAAGAAUAGAGCACUGUUGAUCGGUGCUUUGUGUACAUAGCACUCAUCCUGCCAAUCACAGGAGCGGGCGGGGGCAGGUAUGAAAGAUGGUCUGAACAUAAAAGCGGCCCUUAAUUCAUUAACUGAGCAUUUUUUCUGCAUUGUCCCUGCAGAUGAUAUUUUUGUUUGUUUGAUUUUUCCAAUAAAGUGCAAGCUUCCACA